ACUGUUUAAUCAGACUCUGCACUGCAUAGCCUACUUGUGACUACAACAGUUAUUUUCUUGGAGUUGUGAUUUUCUUGAACAGCAUUAAGAGCAGAAGCUGUUGUAGUCUACACAACACAGUAAAACCGGCCAUGGCGUUGACAAGGAUUCUGGGACUGCUGUUGGUGCUGGCAUUGUUUGAGUGUUUAGCAAGUGCAGCGGAAGACUCUGUUGACUUCCCCCCCGGCUGCCCCACAGCUGAGAAUAUCCAAGAGAUUUGUGGCCACAGUAAAACAAGGCCUCGGUACCCCAACCUCCCUAACCAUGGCUACCUUCUACGUGAAGCAGACGUCAUUCACCGCACUGAGGCCUGGUACAGCCAGCAGUGUUGCCAGGGAAACUGGGAACAGAACACAAAAAAGACAGUGUGCUGCGCUCAAAAUGCAUGGAAGAAGGCGCUGGCUCUGCUGUGUGAGGAGGAAGGAAUGAUCAAGACCAUACCGCACCAGUGUUGUCUGAUAGAGGGAGCGGCCAGGUGGAGAUGCUUCGACAGCAUGGCGCCCAACCCCUCUUACCAAACCACCACCCCAUACUCUGGGCCUGACGUCCUGCCCAAAGGUCCUGCUUUUAAGUUCCCCAGUACCUGUUCCGCAAAGGAACAGCAUCAUGCAGGGCAAAAAACAAAUUGACAUUUACAAACCGUAUUUCCAAUUUUGUCACCAUCGCUUACUAUACUCCGCAGGGUCCAUGGGCUCUAAGUGUUUUGCGACUGUCUGCUAUUAAGUGCACUAUAAAAAUCAAUCAGAUUCGGUUGAAUUGUCAUCCGAUCAUCCUAAUUGGCAAUGUUUAGUACUGCUCAGUUUGCAUACAGAAGAUAUUCACAUAUUUUUUACAAUUACUAUGAAAAUCGUUGUGUAACAAAGAUGUUUCCCCCUGUGUACUAUCACUGUUGUUCUUUGCUUGAUGAAAUGCAUAUAAAAGUCAAGAUAUUGAUUUUAAGGUUUAUUUGCAAUAACUCCAGCUGAUGGAGUUGUUUAGGGAGUAAGUAGCAGAGAAAAGUGCAUUGAAUCAUGUAUUUUGAAAUAGGAGAGUGUGGAUUUAGCAUAUUUCAAUCAAAUAAUGGCCUACAGCUCCCUCCACAUUAUUGCCGUCCAUUAAAAUUAGAAGUAAAAGGAAGUAUAAAAAUGAUAUUUUUCACAAUUUAUCUUAUUCUCAUGCCAUUAUUGAAAAAUAUGAAGCGAAGGAUCUGAGACCAUUCCCCCUCACAGAAUCUCUCCAAAUGGUCCAGAUUCCUGGGUCCUCUAUUCAGCAUCUUCAGCUCAUCAACUGGUUUUCCAUGCUCAGAUCAGGGGACUGAGAUGGUGAUGCAGGUGCUUGAUUUUGUGUUCCGUAAACUAUUUUUGUGUUGAUCUUGAAACAUGUUUUGGUCAAUUAACCUGCUAGAUGACCCAUUUAUGGCCCACUUUUAUUGUUUUGGCAGAGAUAGACUUUCUUUUAUUUAAAAUGUCCAGGUAUGGAGCUAAGUUAGGCAAAUACCUACAUUUUCGCAAAGCAAUCCCUAGUUACAAAGGGCAGCACACUUUCCCUUUAUUUGAAUUAUAUUCUCUUAUUUUUACCAUGUUGAUGAAUGACUUUGACCUCUGCAGCACUUUAUUUUUUAUACCUUAGUGAAACAGGAAGUCAUGGAUUGCCACUUGAAAGUUCAGAGACACACAGAUUAAUUUAAAGAAGUUGAAUAAAAUGGGAAAAGCUUCAGUUACAUUUUUUUUGUGAGACUUUCUGUUGGUUGUCAUUAAGUGUCCAUGUUUAAUUCUUAAUUAGUUUUUUUUUUUACUCAGAGUAAACUUGCUACUCUACAAGGUUGGAUAGAACUAGCUCUGAAUCCUAGUGACAACCAACCAAGCCAGUAAUUUAUAUUAAACCACCCUCUGUAAUCCAACUGUACUACUGUCUACACUGCACUAUAUCUUGUCCUGUCUAUGCACCACCUGUCUAUGCUUUUUAUAUCACAUUGCACUUUUUUGCACUUCUGGUUAGACGCAAACUGCAUUUUGUUGUCUUUGUCUAUAAACAUUUCAUUGUUGUUUUCAUUGUGAGAAUAAGAUAAAUUGUGAAACAUAUAAUUUGUAUACCUCCUUUUAAUAGUCAUUUGAAUGGGUGCCAAUAAAUGUGGAGGGAGCUGUA